AGAAUCUGCCAACUUCUUGGUGCUGCGGGUGAUGGCCAGGAGGCAGUCCUUACCACAAAAUGCUAUUUUCCUCUCAUUUGACUCUGACCAACACGUCUGUACCUCUACCUAUAAAACCCUCGGCGUCCAGAAACAGAAAGUGAAAAAAGAGGAAGUGGAUGUGUUUGUGAUUGAAAGGACCGUACAGUCUGUGGAAGCGCCCCCACUGAAUUGGCAGUUCUACUUCCUACCAGAUGGGCAUUUAUCUCGCCGUGUACAAGUUGGAUCCCCGGCCACCAUGGUGAUCCUGCAGAUGCCCAUUUUGAUUGACACAGAUGAACCAGACCCUCGUCCUGUCUUUGAAAAAGUCCUCUUAGAUUGGGAAGAGGAUGCUGAAUUAUAUUCCAAGUUCUUAGACAGAAAGGAAGAGCUACAAGCAAGCCAUGCUACCUAUGUCCGUCGCCAUCCAGAACUCAACACCUUGCUGGCAGAUUUCUUGCAGCUGCUUCUUCUUCGCAAGCCUGAUGAUGUGGUCACCUUUGCUGCCGAAUUCUUCGCUCCCUUUUCUGCCCAACAACCGCCGUGCAGAUCAUUUCAGUCGUCUGACAGGCCCAGCCCCUUUCGCAGCGAUGUCUAAAACGACUGCGAUAAAAAA